AUGGUAUUUUUCAAAACGACCGCGCUUCUCACGGCCCUGCCCUUUGUGGCAGCCUAUCCAUGGGCCAUGGAGUUGAACGAACAACUCCAAAAGCGCGAAGAACCUCCAUCACGCGACCCCGUCUUCCUAUCCGGCCGCCCAAACACUGGAAAUCCGUCCGUAGGAUUUGAUGUUAGAGCACAGUUUGUGAACGUUACAAGAGGCAGUGGUCGCGAGUUUGUAGCGCCCACGUCAGGCGAUCUUCGAGGUCAAUGUCCUGGGCUCAAUGCUGCUGCCAACCAUGGUUUCAUUCCUCAUAGCGGUAUCCUAUCGACUGCGCAGACCGUGAAAGGUCUCGGCGAUGCGUACAACAUGUCACCCGAUCUGGCGACCGUCCUCGCCGUGAUUGCUACAGCAUUGAGUGGUGACCCUAUUGGUGGCACAUGGUCCAUUGGUGGAGCGUACUCUCCAACUGUACCGAUCUUUCCUGCUGGCGGUAUUGUCAGCACGCACAACAAAUAUGAAAACGACGCGUCGAUCGUUAGAGGCGACGCUUAUCUCAAUGGUGGCAACGUUGGUGUCUUCCAAAUGCGUUCAUGGGAGCAUCUGUACCAACUAGCCGAAGAGUACACACUGGACGACAUUGCUAAGCAGUCCGACUACGUGACUCGAUGGAGUGUGCUCAACAACCCAUACUACUUUUCUGGGCCAUUCUCCGGCCUUGUCGCGCCUGCUGCGCACGACUUUGUCAUUAACUUCAUGUCCAAUCACAGCGCAGAGAAGCCUGGUGGUACCUUGACGCGUGAGACCCUCAAAUCGUUCUUCGCAGUCACUGGAGAUGCGCCUGGCAGUUUCGUCCAUAACCGAGGACAGGAACGUAUUCCUGACAACUGGUACAAGAGACCAGCGGCCAACGCAUACAACCUUGUCAACGUUCUUCAAGAUCUUUUGGUCAAUAAUGCUAUGUAUCCAGGCAGCAUUCGCAUCGGCGGUAACACCGGUACCGUCAACUCGUUUGCCGGUGUAGAUCUUGGCGAUCUCACAGGCGGUGCGUUCAAUCUUGCGACUCUUGGUCAAGGUAACAAUGGCGCAUGCUUCCUGCUCCAAGCCAGUCUCGCAGGCCUCCCAUCCGCAACUCUCCCUCUGUUGGGCACUGUCGGCUCGAUUCUCAACUGGGCAACGCAACAGCUCGGGCCCAUUAGCUCUUCUCUCGGUUGCCCACAGCUGGCCACUUUCGAUGACACACUCUUCAACCAAUUUCCUGGUGCAUCGUAG